GGCCCCGCCGAGGCCCGCAGCACGGCUGUGGCACCGCGGUGCGUGGGAUCCCGGCGUGCCGGCCUGCGGGGCACUGCCCUUGAGCCGGGAGCGCUUCCUAGGAAGCCGGCUGCGCUUCUCGUGGGGCCCCAGGCGGGUUCCCAGCUGACAGAGCUGGUAACGGGGAGCGGUCUCCUGGCUGUGGUAGGGCCACCGCAGGCAGGAUCCGGAUGAUUUACAGAGGAACUCGUAGAGUUCUUGCCCAGAAAAGCACUACACCUCGGAGGGGUCACCUUUGUAAAAUAGGUGGUGCAUGACGGGCGUGCAGAGCCAGAUCCGCAUUUUGUUACUUUCAGGUUUCUCCAGCAGCCCUCGUGUGCCAUGAAGCUGGCGAAGAAGCUGCAUCUGUGGCUGCCUCUCAGUGACCUGAUACACCUACCCUCCUCCUUGAACUGCAGUUUCUUACGAAACCCUGCUGACGUACUGAUUUUUACUGGGCUUGGCAGAAGCACCAUGUAGCAGUUAAUCCGAGUCUUAGCAGAUAAGAAGGCAGACUUCCCACCUUCGGGCGUGCUGCGUCUGGGGCACAGGAAAAUGUCUUUGUGAGGAGCGAGGGAUAAUAAUCGUAGAGAAGUCGAAAGAAGUGACAGAAACAGAAACAGAAUCUCUCAGCUGCGAUUUUUUUAAAGCAGGAUGCAUGUCUUUGCUGAAGGCUCCACAACACAGAUUCAUUUGUCUUUUUAGGGAUUGAUGCAACUGCAAUUUAAAUGUGGGUGGCUGUACAUCCAUAAUUGCGUUGUGUGACAUGGGAAUGUAUGGCCAUACCAGAUGGAGAAGAGGGGAUGAACGCCAUCCGCUUACCGUACCCCAGAAACACAGCCUCUUCUGCGUACCGCCUUGGUGGGCCAAGGAGAAGCAGCCCGAGGACUCUUCUGCCUUAUGGAGCUCUGCUGGUUUCCACGUGGCUUUGGACAGAUGUUGCCAGAUCCGUCCCCCUGCCUGACCACCCCCUGCCGUCCAGGAACUCGGCUCAGCAGAAGUGGAAGGAGUGCUUAUUGCUUACUGUGUUUCACAUGUUGCAAAGGAGCUUACACUAUUCCUUGCGUGUCAUUACGUGCCCAUUUCUCCAUCGUUAUUUCGCCGACCGAGCGAGGCAGGCAUACGCUUUGUGUGCCGCUGGAUCUGUGAAGUGCUCCGCUUGCGCUAAACACAAGGAGCGCCUCGCUGCACGCAGAGGCACGCUGCUGGCAUGGCGAGAGGGCUGGAGCUCCGACGGUCAGCCGGUGACAGACAGACCGACCACCCAGCUCCUCGCUGCGGUGCCUCCGCGGUACCAGAGGGCCCGCCGGGACCGGCCGUGGAAGCCGAGGCUGCCGGGAUGCUCGGGCCGGCGCACGAAAGCCCCACGCGCAGAAGCCCCUCGCUGCACGCUGCCGCCAGCACAUGGGAGUCCACGUGCACGGCCGCAGACGCUGGCGCUGCAGAUGCUGUCGUGCGGGUCCUUUGCCAAAGGCGUUGCUGGCUGCGUACCGCGUGCCCAGCUCUCGCCGGCAUGUGCUCCCCACAAAAAUGUUCCGCUUUUGUUUUCUGCUGGGUCUCGCAAGGCGCCUGACACCGCUUCGGGCACGCGAGCGGCCGCCCCCAGGAACCACGCCAAGACGGGCAGACCACCAGGAGCGCUGCUCUGGGUGAGCCGGCCAGAGCCCCGGGGAGGCCGAAACGGGAGAAGUGUUAUCCGGGAGCCCUCGUGAAGCAAGGCCUGUAGGUGUGGGCCAGUGCCGCAGAAAUACCCAGAGCAAACCGCCAGAGAGGAACCAGAACCUGCACACGUUUCGUCGCGGAACUGCAGCAGGGGACGCAGCCUGAGGAAGGGCGGCGAUGACCCCGAGGUGCCCCAGCGCGGCUGUGUGUUUCUGCGCCCUCGCCGCUCCUGUCGCCUCCCGAUGAGCGGCCCCGUGCCAUCGCCGCGUGCCAUCGCACCCACCUGCACGAUCGGGCUGCGAUGGGCCGGGGCCAGGCGCCGUGCUGCUGCUGGACUGACCCGGCCUCACCUGACCGCACCGCUGCCCUUCGCGGCCCCCACGGACCCCUCCGGGGGCCUGGAGACGGCGGUUCCGUGGGACGAGCGGGCGUGCGGUGGGCACCGAGCCCCGACGCCUGCUGGCACCGCGGUGCGGGGACGUGCGGGAGCGGGGGGCACGCGUAGUGCGCGCGGGGCCUGUACCGGGGGCACAAUAAAGCGCUGCUGAACGCA